CGGGAGGGGUCGUUUCUUAUUAAAUUUAUUGAACAUCUCCUUUUUAUUAAGUUCUGGUUGAUUUCAGAUUUUCUAUUCAACUAUUCUCUUGGAUACCGGCAAUAAAAAUGGCGACAUCUGGAGAUUUCGGAAACCCUCUUCGGAAGUUCAAACUGGUUUUUCUUGGAGAACAAAGUGUUGGGAAAACCUCUCUGAUUACAAGAUUUAUGUACGAUAGCUUCGACAAUACAUAUCAGGCAACAAUUGGAAUAGAUUUCUUGUCCAAGACAAUGUACCUUGAAGAUAGAACGGUUAGACUUCAACUCUGGGACACCGCGGGACAAGAACGGUUCAGGUCCCUGAUUCCGUCUUAUAUCCGUGACAGUACGGUUGCUGUAGUUGUGUAUGAUAUCACCAAUGCUAACUCAUUCCACCAGACAUCUAAGUGGAUUGAUGAUGUACGAACUGAACGUGGAUCUGAUGUUAUCAUAAUGUUGGUGGGAAAUAAAACUGAUCUAUCGGAUAAACGACAAGUUUCCACUGAUGAGGGGGAAAGAAAGGCAAAAGAAUUGAACGUGAUGUUUAUUGAGACGAGUGCAAAGGCCGGAUACAACGUGAAGCAGCUGUUCAGGCGCGUUGCCGCGGCACUUCCCGGCAUGGAGUCAGCUGAACCAAAGAAAGACGACAUGACCGAAGUUAUCCUGAAGGACACUCCUAUUCCAACCCAGAACAUGGAGUCUGGUUGCUCAUGUUAAUAGGAAUAAAAAAGUAUUCAAACCACUGAACGGCCAUGUUUAAGACUUGGGAUAUGCGCGAUUUCAAUUUCCCUUCAGAUUAAAAUUGUGAAACUAGGCGUUUCUGUUGCCAGAUUAUAACUUGAAAUCGAAAAUUCAGAUCCAAGGACCUGAAUAUUAAAUUUUCAGAACAAUUUAAAUCUUAUUAACGGCCAGAUUUGAUAUUUACUUCUGAAGAAAGUUAUUGCUAGAAAUUCUGUAAUAAUUCCAAAUUUUCAAUUUAAAUUGUAUUUCUUGCUUUAAAAUGCAUUUUGAAAAGCCAUAAAAACUAAUAUUUUGGGACUUCUUCCUGGUUUAAAUUGCUAACAUAUAACUCAAUUUUUAUCUUGUUUGGGAAACUAUUUAUAAUUUCUCAACUUAAAAGUGUCUAGAAUGUUGAAUUUGACCCCCCACCCUGCGUGAAUUAUGUGUGAUUUGUAUGGCUAGUUUUUUAAUAAUUUUACCCAGUUUACGAGAAUAGAAGUAUUUAUGAUUAAUUAUAAUAUGUAAUUUAUGAUUUUUUAAUUAAUGCGUAGAGAUUUAAAUGAGCAACUGUAUAAAAAAUACAAAAUGCAUUCAUGUACAAA